AGCUUGGAAUCCCGGACCUCAGAGCUGUGACCCGGCCGUGGUAACCACUAGGUCGCCGGUGGUGCCGCACCUGUUGUAAAGUUCUUCCGCAACUUCCGCAAUGGUGGCGCUGUGGUGCCGAAGAAGACCGUUAAACCCGCAGUGUGCUGGGCUGGCUGCGAUGCGAAGGGAGCACAGUGGAACUAACAAACGAACCAUAAUGGCGACUGCUGGUGGAACAGCAGAUCCGGGAUCAACAGCCCCGACAGGGACCAGUGGGAUCUUCAAAGGAGGCCCUUCAGAGAUGCCUGGCUCAUCAGGCACCACUCAAAUUAUGAAGAAGACCAUCGGCCACCGGGGAGUUGAGACCACCACCGGAGAGACCACCUACAAAAAGACGACUUCCUCUGCCCUCAAAGGUGCCAUUCAGUUGGGCAUCACUCACACGGUGGGCAGCUUGAGUCAGAAGGCUGAGAGGGAUGUGCUCAUGCAGGAUUUUGUGGUUGUAGAAAGUAUCUUUUUCCCCAGUGAAGGCAGUAACCUGACGCCAGCUCAUCACUACAGCGACUUCCGUUUUAAGACAUACGCUCCCAUCGCCUUCCGUUACUUCAGAGAACUGUUUGGCAUUCGGCCAGAUGACUACCUGUAUUCUCUGUGUAACGAGCCACUGAUUGAGCUCUCCAACCCUGGAGCCAGCGGAUCCCUCUUCUAUGUCUCCAGUGAUGACGAGUUCAUCAUUAAAACUGUUCAGCACAAAGAGGCAGAGUUUCUCCAGAAGCUGCUUCCUGGAUACUUCAUGAACAUAAACCAAAACAAGCGCACACUGCUCCCCAAGUUCUACGGACUCUACUGCGUCCAGGCAGGGGGCAAGAAUAUUCGCAUAGUUGUAAUGAACAAUCUUCUACCCCGGAUCAUCCCCAUGCACCUCAAAUAUGACAUGAAAGGAUCCACUUACAAGAGACGGGCGUCGCCUAAGGAGAGAGAGAAGGCUGUUCCCACGAACAAAGACCUUGACUUCAUCCAGGAUUUGCCCGAUGGCCUGCAGCUGGAAGCAGAUAACUACAAUGCUCUCAGCAAGACAAUACAGAGGGACUGUCUGCUCUUGCAGAGUUUCAAGAUCAUGGAUUACAGUCUGCUGAUGGGCAUUCACAACAUGGACCAGGCCAAUCGGGAGCGGGAACGGGCCGGGGGCUAUUCUGUGGACAGCGGGGGGUCGGAGGGAGCGGUUACGCCGGAUCAACGGCGGCCUCAAGCCCAGAAAAGUCUUUACUGUACAGCCAUGGAGUCCAUCCAGGGGGAGGCUCGGGGGAAGGGCGCUUUGGAUUCUGAAGACCACAUGGGAGGCAUUCCAGCUCGUAAUGGAAAAGGAGAGCGGUUACUCAUCUACAUCGGCAUCAUAGACAUCCUCCAAUCUUACAGAUUUGUGAAAAGGUUGGAGCACUCCUGGAAGGCACUGGUGCAUGAUGGGGACACCGUUUCAGUUCACAGACCUGGCUUUUACGCAGAGCGCUUCCAGCAGUUCAUGUGUAACACCGUGUUCAGGAAAAUUCCUCUAAAGCCUUCCCCAUCUAAGAAGAGCCGUGGUGGAGGUCAAGCGGGGCUUAGGAGGGCUCCCACUCUGGGAGCUCCCACCCCACUCUUACACGCAAUGGGGCAGUCAGCUAUGGACCCCAGACUUGUUUACCAUCCCCAUUUUAAAAGCACAGAGUCAGAAACCGACAAUGUUCAGCCAGGCAGACCGGAUCUGGUUCCCAGGACCCCGCCACUGCAUGACAUCCCGGCUGACUGCGAGGCCAAUCUGUCUACCUCGUCUGUAGGCAGCCUAGAACUUGCUUCCUCUCCUCCCCUAAGGUCUGUCGGGGUGGAGGUGCACAAAUCAGCUCACACGGACUACGACCAGGGUGCUUUUCACAGCUUCGAGGUUGAGGGCAGUGCAGAUCAUUCUGGCCACCUGUCUGGAAGUGAAGAUGUAGUUUCGCUAUCUGACAUCAUUCCUGAGACCAACAUCAAUUUCUAAGCAAACAGAUUAAGUGCCAUUGAAAGAGGAGACAUGCCUGGAGAAUGCGAGGUGGGCAGAGUGAUGGAUAAAUGAAAGCCACCCAUCCAAGUUGGAACCCCUUCACGUGUUUCCCCAGCACUCCCAUUUUAUACAGACAGAAGGGACGCUGGUGGAAGCAGCCUGGUGGAGGUUGUCACGACGAGAAAACGCAGAGAUGCGUGCCACAUGCUUGUGUGUUCGUGCGUGUUGUCUUUCCCAGCCAUCAACACUGUCACACAAUGUCCCAAAUCACCAGGAAUAUGGGUUAUGACCACAAUUAUUUCUUUAUAUGGAUGAUUUAGAAUUUAUUUUCCCUUGUCUGAGGAUCAUGAGUGUAGUGAAAGGGUGAUUAGUCACUUUUCGAAGCAUUGAGUGGAGUGUGUGUGUGUGUGUGGGCACAGACGGGAGCAGUACACUGAAGCAAGUCGGAGUGGGAUCAUAGUUGUCACUCCUUUAUUUUAGUCUUCCUUCCCCACCUUUCAUAGAAUGUGUCUUAUUAACAUGGAAGAAUGCGCUGAACGCACAACCCCCCCCCCCCAAUAUGACCAUAUGUGCUAAAUGUUUGUAUCAGAAUGGAUGAGGAUAAGCGGUAAAGAAAAUGGAUGGAUGGUUGAAGAGAAGAGCAGUUGGCAGCCACAAGGUGAAGUAUCAAGCCUUCAUGCCUUCCCCCACGAUCCAUUUUUGUCCUCUCGUCCAACGUGAUGCUGAACUGACUUUUUCUUUUAACAGUGAAACACAAAAUUGCCUUAUCACUACAGCGGAAACCAUCCCGCUACUAUGUACGUGUCUUUGUCGGCAGACAAUUUGUCUGUGUUUUGAAAAGUAUUUUCAUGCCAAUAACACAAUCCUCUUUUGUACCGUAUCUGGGCCACACUGGGAAAAAAUGAGAUAAAGAUGUUAGUCAUAAUUUUAGUGACUGAAUGUCAAAGUCAUCCAGGUAAAACUCUAGUUGAAUCGAAGCAACCGGACUCUUGGUUCCGAGAAAAGUCCAGUUGCCGCACUGAUUUAAAGACUGAAUGUCAAAUAUUCCUUGCGGACCUGAAUGCAACACACUGAGACCAGCAGCCACUGUCUUUUCUCUAGAAACCUACUAUAGAUCAUCAGAUGGUAUUGUUAAAUAGUAGUUAAAAACAUUUCCUUGACAAAAUCCUCUUGAGGCAAAUACCAACUUUUUUUUGCAAUAUGCUUUAUUCAUGAAUCAUUUUAGUUGCAAAUUUAUCAUAUUUUUUAAAUAUAAUUAUAAAAUUGCAACUUUAUUCUUGAUUGCAACUUUUCUCUUCAAAAUAGAAAAAGUCGCAAUCUUAUGAGAAAAAAUUACUUAAAAUUGAAACUUGUAAAAAUACAUUAAUUCUUGUGACAAUGUUUUUCCUCGUAAUUGUUUAUCAUUAAGAUUGCAACUUAUCAAAAUGGAGAAGUCACAGUCUUAUAAGGAAAAAAACUAACUGAAUAGUUUUGUUUCUUGUAAAAUUGUUUAUCCCCAAAUUCCAACCUAAUUCUCAAGAAAUUACUGUUUUAAAAUAACUUUUUUUCCCCUAAUAAAAUAAAAUCUUUUUUCUUCAGAUUCUUUUCUCGUAAAAUUCCAUUUUUUUCAUGUAAGACAACUUUAUUCUCACAGUGUUAUUUUCAUUGGCAGUGUGGCCCUAAUACUCCCUUGUACUGUUUGGUUAUUAAGUGUUUAAAAGGAUCAUAAUGUCAAGAUUUAGUCGAACAUUUUGGUAAAUUGGAUUUUUAUUUGAAAUUGUUUUCCGAAGAGCUGCCAUGUUGCAAUGUGUAUAAAGUCGGCUGAUUUGUGUAGGCCGGCUUUGCAAAUUGCCAACACUGGUCAACUGAGAGCUGUAUUGUUAUUUGGAAUGUGUCCUCAAGAUGCCAGAAAAUCACACACUCUGAUUCCUUCUGUGCAGUGUUUCCCAACAUUUAUUGAGCCAAGAAACAUUAAACAAAAAUGUCACAAAAAGUAUAUAUACUGAAAUAAUGAUCUUGUAUGAGUGGGAACAGUUGGCUACACAGGUUAAUUGUACCUUCUGCCAUCUAGUGGAAGAAUAUUUAAUUGUGCGGCUUGUCACAAAAUGGUAACCCCCCACAAUUCUCGCUGUGAAUAGUAAAACAAAAACGUAUAUGCUACCCCCAAAAAUGCUUAAAAUUGCUUAAAGUCUAAACUUUAAACACACCACAAAUGUAUGAGCCCAAAGACAAUUUAGAAUAAUUUCAAACUCAUGUUUACAGAUAUGGUUUAAAAAGAAAAAUGCCCCGAAAGUGUGAGGAUGCUGCUGUGUAUGUUGCUGUUUCAAAAGCCGUAACAAUGGCAGUUGUCAAACAAUAUCCAAAUCCCCGUCGUUUGUUAGCAUGAGCUUUUUACUAGCCACUCAACAGAGCAGUACCAUGCAGCAAUGACACACUGUAACUUCUGCUAACAAUCCAGUCUAGACUUGGCUCCUCAACAUACAAAGAUCUUAGAACUGUCGCGAUGCAUCACUUCAACAUUCAUUCGUUACUUCUUUGACACCAAUUACUGCUUUCCUAUUGGACGGGGAUUUGGUGGCAUCCUAGGGCGUUUCACCAAGUGCAAACGAAACGAGUAUCGUUUUUCAGCAAAUAGAUUCCAUAGGGGGAAAAAGGCAAAUAGGAGAGGAUUCACUGUACAUCGCUGGCAUAGAUGGCUAAGGAUACAUUAUUUAUGUGAAUAAAUUAUCAUUUUGGUCCAAUUAAGUGAAAUUGGAUAGUUCCCCAUGGCUCAGUGGUUGGUAAUCGCUGCUUUACACCUACGCUCAUACAACAAAUGAAUGAUAAAUGUCUGUUGAUCAUUUUCUGCUGGUUACAGAAAUGACAACCUGCCUAAAUCCACUCCUGGACCAAUAUUAUUAUUAACCUGGUGUGUAAAUUUUUUUUGUAUUGUACUGUGUGUAGUAUUCAUAAAUCAGCUUUUGCUUUUAUUUUGUUUUUUGUCGCUUUUUUUUUUUUAACCCCCGUCCUGACUUCUUAGACGGGUGAAAUUUCUCAUCCAGUCACUAUUACCAAGUGACUUGAGCAAGAUGUCAUCUCAUCUACUCUAAUAUAGCUACAUGGUCUCUGCAGCAGAGAGGCGAAAGGGCUGAUGAAUACGGACUUGGGGGGGGGGGGUUCAGUUCAAAGUGUGUUUUCUAAGCCCGUCAGUGCACCAAAGAGAGGAACGGAACAGAUGGUUGACUUUAGGAAAAGUUCAAGAUCCACUUGUGUUUAUGGUAAUAACACUGGUUUGACCUGUGUUGAAGGAUCUAUUUUGAAACUGGAAUUUUUUGUUUUGCUAAAUAGUGUCAUGUCUGAUAAGCUAUAUCUGACAUUUAGCCAGUCACUUGUUUUUCAAGUUUGUUUAGUGACUGGAGAUAUAUAGUGUUUCAUCACCACAUUCCUGUGACAUUCAAAUGUAAUGUACUGCGUUUGUGGUAGCGUGUAGAUCAGUCUUAAUAGUUUUGGUCUAGUCGAGGUCUUUGUGGUGUUGAAGCAGAAAUGGAAAAUGUCCAUUUAAAUUGCAAGCUUGUGCUUUGUUUCGUUGUAUUCUGACGGGUGGUGCAGUGUAAUGGCUGGAUGCAAUCACUCUCUGCAUGACACUGCUGCACAAGUGAAAUAUCUUCCUCUGGUGCUUCAGUAUGGCGACACUACAUUUUGAUCAGCUUGAAUGCCGUAUGAACCACAAUCUGCCACUGCUCACUAUACAGAGAAGUAUAUUUAUUUGAAGACUUGGCUGGAAAUAAAAGAAAUAGCGUGAUUGUACUAUCCAGAAGGAUUUCAAAACUAUUGUAUAUGAAGAGGGAGUAUGUGACUUCAACUUUUAUAUGUCAGAUUGUGAUACGUUAAAUACAAUUCUGUUCUCUCCAUAACAGAUCUGGGCUGUUAAUCUCCCAUGCUUUUUUUUUUUCUACAUGAAUGUUUCAUAUGAGCCAAUAAUGCUGGUUGUCCGAUAUGCUUCAAUGACUAUAUUUCUACAAAAUGUGUGUACAAAAAUAUGGUGUAUAAUGUACAUAGAAGUCACUGAAAUGCCUUCUCAUGCAAUAUGUGCUGCCUGUUCCUCCCGCCAUGUUUCAGUUAGGUGGUGGUGACGUUUUCAUGCAUUCAAAGGAUUAAACAAGUUUUGUAAAUCUUU